AUGAAGGGCAUACCGAUAAGAGCUCUGUCCAUUUCUUUUAUCCUGACUUAUUUUUGUCAACUCGGAAUGUGCACGGAUGAUGAAAAAAUUAUGAAAUCUUGUUACUGGCCAAACGAGGUAUUCGAGGCAUGCUUCGGCGGCUGUGCAGAAGUAUCAUGUGACAACCCACGCAAUCACCUUCGCCCCUGCUAUCCGUACUGUGAACCUGGAUGCGUGUGCGAAGAGCCUUACGUGCGUGAUGAUCGCACACACCAAUGUGUGCUAUCACAGGAUUGCUCACCUACACAAAUGGGGAUUCCGGUUCCUAAUAGAAAGUCGGAUAAAAUAGCGCUACCAAAAUUUGGAAGUAAAAUAUCACGGACAUAUGACAAAGGGGACGAUAUGGCGGUAGAAUUCGAUAACGAAGUACCUCCCAACCAUGUAGAGGAGUUCAAGAGACCGUCAGAACUAUCAAGAAUGGGAAAUUACUUCAACAUAGUGAUUGCGCCACCACCUAUAAAAGCACUUCAACCGAGAAAAUUGGUACAAAGUGAUGGAUACAGAAUGCCCUCGAAGCAUAUUUAA